AUGGACAAGUCUUGGAUAAAGGCAGAUAGAGAUUCCUUACAUUAUGAAAUUGGUGUAGAAAAUUUCUUGAUUUUUGCGGAGGAAAAUGCUAAAAACCCAAAGAAGAUACGUUGCCCAUGUUCACGUUGUGCUAACUUCAAAAAAACUUCUGUCAAUGCAAUCAGGGGUCAUCUAUAUGAAUCUGGGUUUAGUUUAGGGUAUUUGGAUUGGAUUUGGCAUGGGGAAGAGGUUGGUAACUUUAUUAACUCACAUACGGGUAGUUCUUGCCCUGCUAAAAUUCCAACACACGUUAGCGAAACGGUUAAAGUAUGUGAAACAGCCUAUAAUGAUGGAGAAUGCGAUAAUGAAUCAGAUGACUUUAUGAGGUUUGUUUCCGAUACGGAACAACCUCUUUUUGAGGGAAGUAAUGUGCUUCCGCCAAAUAUGUAUGAAGCGAAGAAAACCUUGACUGAUUUAGGACUUGAGUAUGUUAAAUUCCAUGCUUGUCCAAAUGACUGUGUAUUAUAUAGGGGUCAAGUUCUCGAGUCUUUAGAUGAGUGUCCCAAGUGCCAAAUUUCUCGCUGGAAAAUUGGAAAAGACGGUAAAGUUAGGAUUAACGUUCCAGCGAGAGUUAUGUGGUAUUUUCCGAUAAUCCCCAGAUUCAAACGGCUUUUUAAAUCUGCUGAUACUGCUAAAUUAAUGAGUUGGCAUGCGAAUAAUCGAUCUAAAGAUGGAAAGAUGCAUCAUCCAUCUGAUUCCCCUUCUUGGAGAAAUGUAGAUAGUAGGUGGCCUGAGUUUGGAAGUGAGGACAGAAAUAUAUGCUUAGGAUUAGCGGCAGAUGGUAUAAAUCCACAUAAUAAUGGAUUAAACAAUCGGUAUAGCUGUUGGCCAGUUAUGUUAGUAACAUAUAAUCUUCCUCCAUGGUUAUGCAUGAAGAGGAAGUUUAUGAUGUUAACAACAUUGAUUUCUGGCCCGCACGAGCCUGGAAAUAAUAUUGAAAUAUAUCUACAGCCAUUAAUCGAUGAUUUAAAAAAAUUAUGGGAGGAGGGUGAACCAAAUGUUUACGAUGCACAUAGUAAAUCCUACUUCACUCUCAAGGCAGUUCUAAUGUGGACAGUGAAUGAUUUCCCGGGAUACGCAAAUCUGUCAGGCUGCAUAGAUAAGGGUUAUAUGGCUUGUCCAAUCUGUGGUGAUCAAACUGUGGCUAAAUAUUUAAAUCAUAGUAGGAAAAUGUGUUAUCUAGGUCACCGUCGAUAUUUAGACCGUCAUCAUCCUUAUAGGAGGCAGCGAAUGGCUUUUGAUGGGGAACAAGAACUUGGUGAUGCACCUGAGCCACUCAGCGGAGAAGAAGUGUUGGCGCAACAACAGAAACUUGAAUUCAGUUUUGGGAAAGGGGGAAAGUCGAAAAAGGUGGAGUGGAUGUUUCCAUUUGAACGAUUUAAUAAAAUAUUGAAGAGUUAUGUACGGAACCGAUUUUAUCCGGAAGGUUGUAUAGCUGAAGGUUAUAUGAAAGAAGAAUCAAUUGAAUUUUGCACGGGGUUCUUUACCGAGAGUAGCAGAACUGCUGGUCUUGACAAAGAUGAAAAUUUUUCUGGUCCAGUUGGUGGCGUGACAAUGAAGUCGGUGGCAGAAAAGGAACGAGAUGAGGCACAUCUCACAGUCCUCCUUAAUAAUAUUGAAGUGGAAGCAUAUAUUAAGUUGCAUAAGGAAUAUUUGGAAAGAAUUUACGAAGGAAAAAAGAAGGGUGCACAAUGGCUAUUGGGAGACCCUAUAAAUCUGGAGAGUGAUAAAGGGGAGAAAAAGGAGAAGAAACUAACUUCGCCGGCAUGGGCACAUUUCACCACACUGCCUUUUUAA